ACUGGGGAUGGUACCAAUGAUGCUCCAGCACUUAAAGAAGCAGACAUUGGUUUGUCAAUGGGGAUUCAAGGGACGGAAGUUGCGAAGGAGAGCUCCGAUAUCGUCAUUUUGGAUGACAAUUUCGCUUCUGUGGUCACUGUUCUGAAGUGGGGUAGAUGUGUUUACACUAACAUACAGAAAUUCAUUCAAUUCCAGUUGACAGUAAAUGUUGCUGCUCUGGUGAUCAACUUCGUGGCAGCCAUUUCUACAGGUGAAGUUCCUUUAACGGCUGUUCAGCUUUUGUGGGUGAACUUGAUCAUGGACACAUUGGGUGCACUGGCUCUGGCUACAGAGAAGCCCACCAAAGAGUUGAUGAAGAAGCCACCUGUUGGUCGCACAGAGCCACUGAUUACCAAUAUCAUGUGGAGGAACCUCCUAGCUCAGGCUUUUUACCAGGUUGCAGUACUCUUGAUCCUACAAUUCAAAGGAGAAUCAAUCUUCAGUGUGACUGAAGCAGUGAAUGACACCUUGAUCUUCAACAUUUUUGUGCUCUGCCAAGUUUUCAAUGAAUUCAACGCAAGGAAGCUGGAGAAGAAGAAUGUGUUCAAGGGUAUUCAUAAGAACAAGCUGUUUUUAGGGAUCGUUGGAAUGACCGUUGUUCUUCAAGUGCUGAUGGUUGAGUUUCUAAAGCGGUUUGCAGGUACAGAGAGGUUGAAUUGGGAACAAUGGGGUGCCUGCAUCGCCAUGGUUGCUGUAUCUUGGCCCAUUGGCUGGAUUGUCAAGUGCAUACCGGUGCCAGAGAGACCUGUUUUCAGCUAUCUCAAAUGGAAGAAACGCAUAUAAUGCUUCAAAUUUUUUUUCAUUCUUUAAACAUAUGCUUGCAUAUCCUAUAAUUUGUUUCAGAUUUCUCUGUUGGAGCUAUGGCAUGAAAGUUGAAAAUGCAAUCAAAUGAAAUCUGCUACAUGAUGCUGCACACAUGACUGCACAGUAGCUGACAGCAGCAUGGAGCUUUAGAUGGGUAACAAGAGAUGAUAGAAAAUUUCAUCAUUUUAGUCAAUGGUUUAGGUAGUUAAUAAUUAUUGUAUUAAGUAGAAAAAUAUUAUUAUUUUAUGUGUAACGUCCCUCUAUAAAAAGGAAGGAAGAAAUUGAUGAAAAUUGAGAAAGAGAAAGCAUGGUUUCUCCUCUCCGGUUGGGUGAAUGUCUGCACCCUUUCAUGUUUAUGGCUUUAUGUUUUAUGUUAUGUUGUGUUGUUUUUGCUAUAAAUAGCAGAAUAUCAA